AUGCAUCAGAUCACUCGGAAUGGCAACUACGAGCUGUUGGUGAUUAUAACAAGCUUCAACGGUACAACGAAAAGUGCUCGCUACGAUCGGUUCCGGGUGGCCAGUGAAUCUGACAAUUACAAACUCAUCCUGGGUCGGUUUGUGGGAGGUGAUGGUGGUGAUAGUUUCUCUUCUCAUAAUGGCAUGAAGUUUAGCACUAUAGAUCGGAAAAACGACAAGGUUCCUGGUAGAGGCAGCUGUGCAAUGCUUUAUGAUAGCGGUUGGUGGUUUGAUCAUUGUUAUUAUGCAAACCUUAACGGAGAAUACAAGAAAGAUAAGGAACACGGUCCCCGCACUCGUAAACCAAAGAAAAGUCCUAGCGAGAAGGCGUCGACCGGUAGCAGCGGAACCAACAGCACCAGCGGAACCGGUGCACUGGCGGACGAUAAGCGACCGCGGACGGCCUUCAGUGGACCGCAGCUAGCGAGACUAAAGCAUGAAUUCGCGGAAAAUCGCUACCUAACCGAGAGACGCCGUCAGGCACUCAGUGCCGAACUGGGUCUGAACGAGGCUCAGAUCAAAAUUUGGUUCCAAAACAAGCGAGCGAAAAUCAAAAAAUCAUCCGGCCAAAAGAAUCCACUGGCACUGCAGCUGAUGGCUCAGGGUUUGUACAAUCACUCGACGGUACCGUUGACCCGCGAGGAGGAGGAACUGCAGGAGAUGCAGGCCGCUGCUGCCGCAGCCGCCGAAUCACGCACCGGCUCGGCGGCGUCCGUUGUUUAG